CAUAAGACAUACACCAACCAGAACACAACACUUCACCUUUCGAGUUUCAACUUCGAAGUCUCGGUCAACAAACAAUUCACAUUCACAGUAUCCUCACACCAACAACAAGAUUCCAACUUGAUUCCCAAUCCACGAUUUCAACAGCACCCACAAACGAUUUUCACCUUAAAAUUAACCUCACAAUUUUGGGUUCAAUUCAAAGCGAUGAAUUUCAGGAGCCUAGAAGAUUUCUGGGCCUUUUACAUGAACCAUCACUCCAAGGUUUCCACAAGGCGAUGGCACUUCGCGGGAACACUCUUCAGCAUUCUCUUCUUCCUUUGUUCUCUCCUCUUCAGCUGGUGGUUCUUGCUCCUUGUCCCUUUCUCUGCCUAUGGAUGUGCCUUCUACAGUCAUUUGUUUGUUGAGAGGAAUUUCCCUGAGACUUUGAGACACCCCUUUUGGUCCCUCUUGUGUGAUCUCAAGAUGUUUGGCUUCAUGCUCACUGGCAACAUGGAUAGGGAGAUCAAAAGGCUUGGCAAGAGACCUGUGCUGCAAGUGUUUUGAUUUUUGUGUAAGCUUUUCAUUUAUUUUUGAAUAAAAAUUGGAACUUGAAUUUUUGUGUAUUAUUUAGAACAAAUUCUUUUUUUAUUGUUUUAAUAAGUUAUUUGGGGGGUGUGGAUGAUUUCGCUAUGUCUUGUUGCUGAAUGAAUGUUGGACCCUAUAUGUGUGUGGUGCUGCUACUUGAUGUUGUGUGUGAGUGAUUUUGGUGAGAGUGAGACAUCAUAGCUGAAUAUGCCUGUGAAGCUAAAGGGCAUUGGAAGAAUGUGGUUUAACUUGUGCGCUGCUGCACAAAGAUGCUGAAGAUGUGCUGAUAAUGCCAACAAUCUCCGAAGAGCAAAAGCAAUGAAAAUUAUUGAGAACAGUUUACAAAAGAUCAGAAACAUCAUUGUUGAUAGUUACAUAAGGUUUUAAAUUGUGGUCGCAGUUGUGGCUUUGUGGUCGAUGCAGCUACACUUGCGACAAUGAUGUGGUCAUGGAGAGCCUAAAACAGGACGUUGUGGCCGCAAUUGUGAUCGCAGACUGUUAUUUAAAACCUUUACGUACGAAUAGAAAUUUAUGAGGAGAAAAAAUAAUGGCUCUGCAGUGUUGUAUUAUUUGAUAAAAGAAUCUGCGCUAAUUCCAUCACAUAGCAGUGUUCAUCACAACCUUGAAAAUAUUGGUCAAAAAUUAUGUGAAGGCCUGAAGGGAUGAUAUUGCAUAGCAGUUUUGGACUAAAUUGAUGUACAAAAAUCUGUUGAGGGUCAACUACAUGUCCUGUGUAUAUUCAGUGGACAAAGUUGUGUGUUAACUCUAAUAUAGUAUUAUUCUAUGAAGGUUCCUUGUUAAGCCUUUUUA